AACCGUGGUCUGAAGAUUAAAGACUCGGCUGGCGCAGAAAUUUGCUUCAAAACAACUGACAACUGAUUAACUGAGUAAUGAACUUUUAUGUGCUCUCCUGGCUGCUUUUUUUUCUGGCUCCCGGGGGUUGUCCCAUAUACAGCAUCGACCUGGCUACUUUGGAGGUGCCCACCAACGAUUUUCAAAACGAACUAACCCUGCAAUCAAUGCUCAGCUCGGAGCUGCGGGCCUACCGCAACGGCCUGAACGAGAGGACCGACAUUGGUCAGAAAGCAGAUCCUCCCUAUUCCCCGCCAAGGAAAUGGUUUAAAGAUCUGCCCACGGAACUACAAAAGACAACGCGGAGUACUUCAAAUUCCAAUGAUUUCCUGGGCACCAAUCUGUUUGGCAACUACCGCAAGAACUGCUUCUCCACGGAGGACAUUGCUCUGUUAUCCGCCCGUCGGGACUUUGAGCUGCUUGUGCCGAAGUCCUUUCCACAAUGCCUUCUGACCGACAACGUUGUCCACAUGAUUCUUCGGUACUUCAAUACGGUUAAUCAGAUUGUAAAGCAAAUGUCGGACGAGGAUACGAGACUUAUCCUUCAGAGAGCUUUCUACGACGCUUUGGGUGGUUACCUUCGCUAUUAUCUAGUGCCUAUGGCUCAGGUUUCCUACUAUGCUGGACGCAUCAAAACGAACACCGUGGAGCGCUUGGUGAAUAUUUAUCGCCAGAGCCGGACGACUCUCAAUACCAAUGGAAAUGGCUGGCGAACUCCAGGCAAGGAUAUAAUGAAUCAGUUUAAGGACAUGAAGAUCGAGCCCCUCAAGCUGCCCAAGGGUUGUGUGCCCCAUGGGGAUGCCUCAAGCUGUGCCCUACUGGAUCAAAGCUGUGUUUCCCAGGAAUCAGAUCAGGGAACUAUGAUUGUGACACUACCGCGACUUGAGAUGCCGGAUGAGAACGGCUUCCUUACCAACAUAUACCUGCCCUUUCGAAAGCGCCGCAUCUACAAUCUUCGGUCUACAAGAUCCGCAUUCGUCCUGGUGAAAUUCUUUCAGACCCUGACAGAUUGUUAUCGAUUUCAGGGCGUUAGUCAGAUCAACUAUAAUCGACAAUUGCUCGCCUGGAUACGCGAAAAUCUGCAGAUGCACUACGGAGAUGAUAUUUUCUACCCAGGUCUGGGAGGAGUUCUGCAGAUCAAAGAGAGGCUUUUGAUUCAGAAGAAAAUUCCGGAGGAAGAGUCUCGAGAAUCCCGGGCAUUAUCCAAAAAAGAUAAGGCGGUGGGUUUAUUCUCCUCAUCUAGAAAGGAAUCCCGCAAACUAAGUCGUUCUGCUAUUAACUGGCAGGAACCUUCAGAAUCAGAACAUGGGCAGGAGAAACGGAACGAGUGGCUCACCGGACUGGACACAGUUCAAAAUGGUCAGGACGAGCAGGAAGAAUGCCGGGAGUGCGACAAUGAUGAAACCUUAAUAUGGUGCAUUGCCGCCUUUCUGGCCCUGCUCCUGCUCAUUAUUCUCCUUAUCAUCUGUUGUUGCAUGCGACGAGGUAGGAAAAAGAGAGUUCCACCGGAUGCUGAGGUACCUCUACCUACGGACAAAUCGAAAAAACCAAAAGACACCCUGGUAGUUAAAGAGUCCGAGAGCCAAAAUGAAGUGGGUAAAAACGAACCUGAAGGUGCUCGAAGAUACUACUACUCUGGAUCUGGUCGCUCCACCUCCCAAAGAUCGAUUCAUAUUGAUGGGUUUCCAGAGAACACGGAGUUAGAUUCCUAUACCUCAACCUCUUCAUUGGGAUGCCAGUUCAAUAGGAAGUGUGUGCCCCUGAAGUUUUCCCGAGCGAAAGGACAGGAAUACUAUAUACCAGAAAAAGGUCGUGAUGGAACGACAAAAAAUGUUCCCGUCGUAAAACUUCUCUCUGAGGACUCGUCAUCCCAUCGUCCACUUCAAACUUCUAAUAAAGCUGUUCUGAAAUCAACCCUUCCCGCCAUUCCCACCUCGGAAAGCGAUCUGCUCAUCAUGAACAGGGAGAAAAAGCUACAGCAGCAAGAUAGGGAGGAGACCAACCGGAAAAAGUCUAAGGACUCUAAGGAGCGGAGAAAAGAGCAGACCAAAUCCUCAGAAGACAGAAAGCCGUCAUCAUCGGAAAGGCGAAAGACCAAACAUGUGAGGAUUGUGACGGACAACGAGUCUUCCGACGAGCCCCUUCUACACAGAAAGCAGAAGUCCCGAGAAAAACCGGAACCGGUGACGGGACGUCAAAAGGGUAACACUGAGUCGAUAAAGGAUUCACCAAGCUGGGAAACAACCUUUGAUGACUAAUUGGCAAUCUGUUUACCUGUUUUUUUUUCAUUGCAAUUUUGUUAAGUUUAUAUUUUCUGAUAAGACUUCAAUUUAAUCUUUUAAGACGAGAGUGCAGUUGAAUACUCAUUUCAGACUAUUGGAAACGAUUUGAGAAGAUAACUUAAGGGGGUCGACCAGUGUGUAUUAAGUUUAUAGAUUCAGGUAAGAUUAGAAGCCCUUUUCGUUUAACCCUUUGUAUCACAAGAGCAAGCAACUAAAUGUGCAACAAUGCAAAGAGGCAUGCAAAUUGAUAGGAGAUUACAAGGGCCAACAAAAUCGAGAACCAAGAUCUAAAUACCCAUACCUUUUUAUAGGCUUUGGUGCUUGCUACGAAUCUCAAAUGGAACCCGAUCCCAAGAGCGACGAUUAUACCAAAUUAAUCUAAAAGCAUAAUGUAACGACUUUACGUAAACAUAAAUACAAAUCAAUGUAUUAAAAAAUGUGAGUUUCUUAGGAGUGUAAAUAAAAUAAUAGCAAACCAAGGACACUUAAAAAACACUUAAUAUUUAAAGAAAAAUAAAUUAAAACCAAGAUUAUUAUCAAAAACCUAUAAAAACAUAUGGACAUCCCUACUGAUUUUGUUGACCCAAAGUAUUCAAUCGGAUAAUCAGAUAACGAGAAAUGAAGAGAAGCUACAAAGUAGGAGCGUGCUGGGCAACA